AUGAAUAAAUUUGAUGAGUUUAUAGAGUCCAACGAGAAGGAAUUGGAUGUGGAUACAAGCACCCGAAAUAGCAUGAUUUCUUUGUCUCCUGUGAUGAAGGCACGACCAAAGUUUCGUCCUUCUGGCUCCAAUGGUUACAGAUUUGAGCACCAUCGUACGUCCAGUGCAGGGAGCGUGCAUUCGCAAAAGCCAAUGACGCCUACCAGAUUAAGCGAACGAGAUCAUCCCCUACAAAUGAAACCAGAUGCUAGAAGGGUCGUAACUCGUCAUUCCUCCAUGUCUAUUCCGAACGCAAUGGGUAAGAGAAGAUCGCUUAUUCAACCAAUGGUUUUUCCCACCACACCAGAAUCUCAAAACAGUAUAUCCUUUGGAAAUACAGUAAGCUUUUCUGGCGGAUCCCAUGGAAUUCAAUUAGAGUCUACUACAGUACUUUCCAGUGAAGAAGCAAUUGGAGAUGGUCUCCGACGGUCUAGAAACGGCAGUUCACAAUCGGUGAAUAGUAUGGCAGCGACCGCCGUGCCCACAAAUGGGGCCGAUGUGAGUACCCUUUUACAAGCCCUUGCUACAAAAGAGUUGGAACUUCUGGAAUGUAAACAAAAGGUUGAAGAUUUGAAGAAACAAACUCAACACGAAGAAGAAAACUACUCUCGUCGUGCACGUGAACUCCAGGAGUUGAAAGAACAAGUAAGUAAGCAUUUGGAUCCGUCUCAGAAUAUGCCAGCGAAAAACUGUGCCUUUUCACCCGUGCUUAAGAAUAUACCUAUGGAAUCAAGGGCUGAAAAUGCUGGUAAUGCUAGUUUUGUGGGAACGCGAAAGGAAAGGGAACCUCUAAACUCCAACCAAUCAAGAUCUGUGUUCUCACAAGACAUUCAAGAAACACGUCGGGGAAACACCUCAUCGGAUCCGUCUAAACAAUCACUUUGGAGUAAGCCGCUGGCUCUAUUCAACCAGUUUGACAAAAUCAUUCAGCAUGAAAUUGAAAGGACUCUGAAUUGGGAUGACUCCAGCCCUGGUGAACCAGAGCGGCGGCGAGCAACACCGACCAGUAAUGACGAUUCCUCAGUACGGCUGCUCAAUGGUGAAAACUCAGGAAAUAACGAAGUAUCUCCUUCUCAAGGAUCUGUUUCCAGAUCUCUCUGGAAUUUUGUUAGCGACGUCAAGGCCGGGCUGCUUGGUAUAGAGGAAGAAAACGAUAGCGAUCUUACUAAUGACAACAGAAUUGAUCCUGUAAACAAAAGUGGUGGAGAGCAUAAACAGGACCGAAACGAACUCAAAGUAACCGAUCACUCAAGGGCAGAGGAUACUGGCGAUAACUCUAGUUUGGAUAUGAAGGAAUUCAAAACGACAAUCAAAUUUCAAAAAGCCAAAGCAGAUGAUGAGAUUCUCAUAACUGAAGGUGGACAUCGAGCACGAGCCGGGGAAAGUAAAACCCGAAGUAACAAACUAAAAUUUGUAGGAGAACACUGCACUCAUGACCCUAACGACGGUGGUUUCUCCGUACAUAAUACUGUCGAAAUGGCGAAUUUUUAA